AUGCCCUUCGUCCUGGACUGCGGAGAUCUGGUGGCCCAUCGCUGGACUUUGGAGGAUCAAGUGCUAUUGCUCCGACAUGAGAGCUAUGAGGUCUACCAAAAGGAUGCAUUGCCGAAAAAGCCGAUCCAACUGACGGGUUACAGUCGCUUCACACAUCCUGCCAUUGGCCAGGCACAGGCGCACAGCUUCAUGGUCGACACGACCGAGGUGGUCGACACGACCGAGGCCUCGGUGCGGCAAGGCUUGGAGAUGGGCACUUGGGUGAUCAGCAGUGGGAAUUCCCUGUCACCGCAGCUGGCGCAGAUUUGUCUUGCGCUGCAAAGCUCUUUCCAGGUGCCAUUUGUGACGACCAAUGUCUACAUCUCUCGCUUGGACUCACCCAUCACGGCGCCUUUGCACACAGAUCGCUUUGACUCCUUCAUCAUGCAGACGGAGGGCGCCAAGCGUUGGAGGAUCUUCGGCCCCGGCGCGGCCACGCCGCGCUGGCCCGUGCUGGAUGCUGGGAUGAGCGACAGGGGCAAAGCGGGGGACGUGCUCUAUUUGGAACAGGUCGGCCCCUUGCUACUGGAUGAAUGUCUCAAAUCUGGCGAAGUCGUGUACCUGCCAAGGGGCUUCCCACACGCCUUUUGGGCUGAAGCAGUGUCGUGCGUCCGAAGCGCUUAA